ACGCUUGGCGUCAUCUGACGCACUUGACAGCCCUCUGCGGCCGCCGAGUCAGCUGAUCUCGGAGUCGAGUUGCGUGAGCCCCAGCAGGGCUCUCAGGUCCCGCCGCCCCGCCGCCCCGCCGCCCCGCCGCCCCCGCCGCCCCCGCCGCAGCCAUGUCGUUCUUCCCGGAGCUUUAUUUCAACGUGGACAAUGGCUAUCUGGAGGGCUUAGUGCGCGGCCUCAAGGCCGGGGUGCUCAGCCAGGCGGACUACCUCAACCUGGUGCAGUGCGAGACUCUGGAGGACUUGAAGCUGCACCUGCAGAGUACAGACUAUGGCAACUUCCUGGCCAAUGAAGCGUCACCUUUGACAGUGUCAGUCAUCGAUGACAAGCUCAAGGAGAAGAUGGUAGUAGAGUUCCGCCACAUGAGAAACCAUGCCUAUGAGCCGCUUGCCAGCUUCCUGGACUUCAUUACUUAUAGCUACAUGAUUGACAACGUGAUCCUGCUCAUCACUGGCACAUUGCACCAGCGUUCAAUCGCUGAACUUGUGCCCAAGUGCCACCCACUAGGCAGCUUUGAGCAGAUGGAGGCCGUGAACAUCGCACAGACACCUGCAGAGCUCUACAAUGCCAUUCUGGUGGACACGCCCCUGGCGGCUUUUUUCCAGGAUUGCAUCUCAGAGCAGGACCUUGAUGAGAUGAACAUUGAGAUAAUCCGAAAUACGCUUUACAAGGCCUAUCUGGAGUCCUUCUACAAGUUCUGCACUCUAUUGGGUGGGACCACAGCUGAUGCCAUGUGUCCUAUCCUAGAGUUUGAAGCAGACCGCCGCGCCUUCAUCAUCACCAUCAACUCUUUCGGCACAGAGCUGUCCAAGGAGGACCGCGCCAAGCUCUUUCCACACUGUGGCCGACUCUACCCUGAGGGCUUGGCUCAGCUCGCUCGGGCUGAUGACUAUGAACAGGUCAAGAAUGUAGCUGAUUACUACCCGGAAUACAAACUACUUUUUGAGGGUGCAGGUAGCAAUCCUGGAGACAAAACCCUGGAGGACCGAUUCUUUGAACAUGAGGUGAAGCUGAACAAGUUGGCCUUCCUGAACCAGUUCCACUUUGGUGUCUUUUAUGCCUUUGUGAAGCUUAAGGAACAGGAAUGUCGCAACAUUGUGUGGAUUGCUGAGUGCAUCGCGCAGCGCCAUCGCGCCAAGAUCGACAACUACAUCCCCAUCUUCUAGCAUUCCCACCCAAGGUUCCCAGAAGCACUGUGUGUGUCUUUGUGUGCUGUGUGAAGCCCAUGGCUCACUUGUCUGACCUGGUGAGGUGUAGCACGUUGUUCUGGGGUUGCCCAGCUUCCAUGACCCCCUCUGGGACUACUCUUAGGCCUAAAAAGGGGUUAGGGACCUCUCCCCUGGUGAAAAUGGACCAAGAUCCCCUCCAGAGCAAAGAGCCCCCAGCCCUAUGUUUACAGCACCGACAUGUCUGAGAAACUUGUGUCACUUUCGUGCCCCUCCCUAACCUAAGAACCCCUGGGCAGUGUGAGUCUUCUUCCCUUCUGUGGGUCAUCCAGAGCCAUGGCCCAUGGAAGAUUAGAGUGUGUGUGUCUUUGGGGUCUGGGGGAAGUAGCUUCUCAUCCCCUCUCUAACUCAGCUCUGCACCUCUGAGACAAUAAAAUGCCCCUCUUUAAAAAGCC